GCGGGACUGGGCAAAGAUUGCCCAAUGGGGCGGGGAAAAGAGACUAGGCUGCGAAUUGGGGAUAGGGUUCCCCCUUGGGGGCGUGGCUUAUGGAUUCUCGCUUUCCCGCCGACGGUUGGCCAUGUCACGUGAGAUGGGUUGGAAGAUGGCGUCUCCCACGGACGGGACAGAUCUGGAAACAUCAUUGCUAAGUUUUGAAAAACUUGACCGUGCCUCACCAGACCUUUGGCCGGAACAAUUACCAGGUGUUGCUGAAUUUGCAGCUUCCUUCAAAAGUCCUAUAACUAGCUCUCCACCCAAAUGGAUGGCUGAAAUAGAACGUGAUGAUAUCGACAUGUUGAAAGAACUGGGCAGUCUCACCACGGCUAAUUUGAUGGAGAAGGUACGAGGCCUACAGAACCUGGCCUAUCAGCUGGGUCUGGAUGAGUCCAGAGAGAUGACACGAGGGAAGUUCCUCAACAUUCUAGAGAAGCCCAAGAAGUAGCAGCUGCUCGUGGAUGGAUGUCCUGGGAACCGUAACCGUGCUUCCUUCCCAGUGC